AUGGUUUCCCUCCUCGUUCGUCGGUCUCCCCGCGUAGGCAGCUCGGCUCUCGCAAGGUUGUUGUUGUUGGUGUUCGUUUCGAAUCCUCCCGUGGUGUCAGCGUCGUCUGCUAUUGUUGCAAAGAAUGUAGUGAGAGUGGAUGAAAAAUUAUCCAAAUCACCGUCUCUGUUGAAAAUUCUUUACCUGCCGGGGUCUGGAGAACGGGAAAUGCCGCAAUGCGAUAAAUGGUCUGUGUGCAAUCGAGUAGACACCUACUCCAACCCCUGGGUGGAACGGCUAUGCACGUGUCGCAACGGUCAGCAGUGUUCCACAUCCUUACAAGCAGACGAUGGCCACACGGUUGUCGACCGGACGCGGCAGUACAAGGUUUGUGAAUCCGUUGACGAACUUCCCACCUGUCAGUUGUUCAAGGACGUUACCUGGACGCAUAUUACAGGGACGAAUAACAAAUCUCAGCAAAAGGUUCACUGCAAAUGUCCACCAAACAGUACUGCUUAUAUUUCCGGUAAAGACGUUAAGAUGACAUCUCAAGGCGUAUUCCUCUACUAUUACUUCUCCUGCUCGCCUGAAAGUAGUAUGAAAUGCCGACGCAAGGAACCUUGCCAACUGUUUACAGUGCGCAAACGAUUUCCAGUAGAAGAAGUGACCAUCAGCACUUUGUGUCAAUGUCCAGCCAAGACUUACUGUCCAUCGCACCAUACGGACCCUUACGUUAUCGCAAACUUCGACAGUAGUCGACCGAAAGACGGCACAAGGACUUACAGUGGUUUUUGUGGAAGCACAGAAUCAUGA